AUGAUGAACUCUACGGAAGCUUCCUAUUUUAUACUGACUGCAUACUCUGACACGGGGGUUUUGAAAAACCUUUAUUUCCUGAUCAUUCUUGCUUUGUAUUUUUGUAUUAUAGGUGCCAACGUGUUGCUGAUUGUGGUUAUCUGUGUGAACAGGAGCUUACAUGAACCUAUGUACCUUUUUCUGUGCAGCCUGUUUGUAAAUGAACUGUAUGGUAGUACAGGGUUGUUUCCAUUCCUUCUGGUUCAGAUCCUCUCUGACAUCCACACUGUCUCUGCUCCGCUCUGCUUCCUGCAGGUUUAUUCUGUGUAUACAUAUGUGUGUGUGGAAUUUUUUAAUUUAGCCGUCAUGUCUUAUGACAGAUAUCUUGCUAUCUGUUAUCCUCUGCAAUAUAACACACGUAUGACUUCUAACAAAGCUUAUUUUCUUAUUGCAGUGUCAUGGUUGCUCCCUUUUCUUGCAAUUGUUGUUCUGAUAUCCUUAAGUGUGUCUUUAACGCUAUGUGGGAACAUACUUAAUACAGUGUACUGUGGGAACUUCUCCAUUGUUAAGCUGGCCUGCUCUGACACCAGGGUCAAUAACAUUUAUGGGCUCUUUUACACGGUCAUCUCCAUCAUCAUUCCUCUGCUUUUAAUCCUCUACACGUACAUGAGGAUCCUCAGAGUGUGUUUCUCUGGCUCCAAACAGACCAGACAGAAAGCUCUCAGCACCUGCACACCUCACCUGGCUUCCCUGCUUAACUUCUUCUUUGGAGGUUUUUUCCAGAUAUUACAGAGCAGGUUUGAUAUGAGCGGUGUUCCCAACAUGCUGCGCGUUUUAUUAUCCCUGUACUUUCUAACAUGCCAGCCUCUCUUUACCCCAGUCCUGUACGGGCUGAAGAUGUCUAAAAUCCGCAUCAUAUGUAAGUGCCUGUUGUACGGAGAAGUGUAGGUCAUCAAGAGAUUGCAGAGAAAGAGAAUGAAAGGACCCUGACUUCAGCAGUAUUAACUCUAAUGACGUGUCUCGUUCACUGUGUGCAGAGGAAGGAAAUUAAACGUGCAGCUGUACAUGUGCUGAGCUUGAUGCUGCUCUCUCUUUCUGUUUCUUCUCUUGCUUUUCACUUUUCAUAUCAGCCUCAGUGAUUUUAGGAGAACCCUGAAAGGUCCAUGAGUCCGGACGUUAGGAGUGAAACUGAAGUUAAAGCUGAAUGAAGCUCCUCGCUGUGAACAGACACAGAGCAGCUUCAUAUCAACUAUGUUCCCAAUAUGUUGACAAUAUGUUCACCUUCGUCUUCUCUCACAUG